AUGAAAGAGAUAUUCCCAAAAAAUGCGUGCACACAGGGCGAAGAAGAACAGUUUUGCCUACAAGACAUUAACGCGAAAAAUGAAGAGGACUACGCUAGCCAAGUGAGCAGCCUACCGUACGUCUCCCCCCAUCAUGGUGUAUGUAUAAGAAAGAAAAAGGUCGAACCGGCGGGGUUUAUGUUUUAUGUAAAAUACGAAAUUGCUCUGUUAAAAGGGAAGAAGAAAAAGGCAAAGGAAGGUAAAUACAUCCCGAUAGAGGAGAUAUUUCUCUAUAAAGACAAAAUAGAUUACUUGAAUGAACUUAAAGUGAAGAAUGAGGGGGAAGGGGAACCCCACAGCGAGGGGGACCAGGGUGGCGAUUACAACAAAGAGAGGUCCACGAAAAAUAACAAGGAUAAAAAUUACGAAGAUGAUUAUGAUGAUGCGAAUAACAUGGACAGUAGUAGUAAGAAGAAACAGGAAAAGGCAAACAAUAAGAAGAGCUCCAAUUUAGUGAAAAAAUGCAUAAACAAUAACAUAAAUGUGUAUGAGGUUUUAAGUGUAGAGGAGGCAGAUGAUUUGGAGACCAUUAAAGCGUCGUACAAAAAACUUAUACUGUUAUUUCACCCUGAUAAGAACAAAGGCACGAGUUUUCUAAAUCAAAAGGAAAAGGAAAAAAAGAGGAAAAAGGAACGGGAAAAGGGAAAAGACGGUGACAAAAACGAUGAUAAUGCUAAGGGGAAAGGGCAACAUGACAGCCAUGAGACCAAAAAGGAUUUCAUGUAUUAUAUGGAGAAAUACAACAUAGAAAAGUUAACGCCUGAAGAAAAAAAAACCAUGUUUUUAAAAAUUCAAGACUCCUACGCCGUCCUGUCAGAUAAGACCCUUCGAAAACAGUAUGACAGUUCCAUCCCAUUUGAUGAAUACAUUCCAACAUUGACCGAGUUGGAGGAGGCCCCGAACUUUUAUGAAUUUCUCAGACCUGUUUUUAAGAGAAAUGCCAAGUGGUCAGCGAAAAAACCAGUGCCGGACAUAGGAGAUGAACAUACAGAUAUAAAAAAUGUAAAAUAUUUUUACGACUUUUGGUAUAAUUUUAUCAACUGGAGAGACUUCUCAUACCAAAAUGAGUAUAACUAUGAGGAAGCGGAAUGUCGAGAGGAGAGGAGGUGGAUGGAAAGAGAAAAUAAAAAAAUCCAGAAAAAGGCUUCCAAAGCGGAAAAUUUAAGAAUUAUCAAAUUGGUAGAUUUAGCCUACAAUAACGACCCCAGAAUUAUUGCAGAAAAUAAGAGACUCAAAUUGGAGAAGCAGAAGAAGAAAGAAUUGGCCAUUUUGGAGAAACAGAAAAGAAUAGAUGCCACCAUGAACGAAGUGGAAAAGGAGGGUUCCCCCAACCUACCCAGCAGUGAUAAAAAAAAUAAGGACAACAAAGCAGCUGUCAAAAUUUGGAGGCACCAUAUAAAAUCGCUGUGCUUAACGAAGCUAGCAAAACAUGUAGACUCAGAUUUGGUACAGGAAAGAUUGUCCCUUAUGCCGUUUGAAACUUUGUGUGAAUUUAUAAACGACAUUUAUGUGUUUCUCAAUUUUAACCUCCACAAGGGGAAUCCUCCUUCUGUGGAAAAACCGGGUGCCUCCAACGAUGCCCAAGUUGAUAAGCAGCCACAGGGGGGGAAAGAUUCUGCGCACACUGCACAUGGUAAUAGUGAUAGCAAUGCCCCAGUUAACACCAACAGUGUUUAUGAAAAUGUAUCUACUAACUUGGUAGGGACAAACGGAAUUGCCGAGCAGGACUCAAAUAACGCAGUGAGGAAGGACCCCCUCGAGUGCGCCAAAGCGGACCCGUCCAACCACCCCGCUGAUUGCACAGACUAUACGACCAAGAAGGAGGAUAACAACGCGCUAAAUGGACACAUCGAUAGGAUCAGCAACCAUAAGGAUAACUUCCUCGUGGAGAAGGCCAAUCACAACCAAGGGAUGAAUAGCAACGCCUCCUUUGAAAGCCCCCCCUGUGAAGUUAACCAUCUGCACCAGAGCAAAAUCGAAACAGGGGGUAGCGACCCACGAGUGGAAGUGCACCCCAGUGGUAACAAACGAGAAGACGAACUGAAUGAGAACAAAUUAGUAAAUGCGGAGAAGGUACCCAACGGGGUGAGUUCAGGAGAGCCAAAACUUCCCGACAGCGACGGCUCCAAGAGGAGCCCCUCCGAAAACAUGGGCAUGCGGAAUAACACCAUGAGCAGUACAACGUGUAGCACGGCAAGCAGCACGACGCGCAAGCAGGUGGCUAGCCAAACGGUCAACCAAGUGGCGGGCCAAGUGACUAGUCAAACGCAGAACAGCAACGACGGUGGAGGAAACAGAACCACCGGGUUUAUAGGCCACCUGAAAAACGUACAACUGGGGGACAAAGAAAUCGAGUUGUUAAUUCUGAUAUUUAAAAAAUACAUUAACGAAUUUACCCGUGUUAUGGAAAAGGAGCAAAAAAGGGAUUCGGAGGAAGCCACAAUUACAAGGAGCAAAACCGAAAAGGAUGCACGUGUAGCAGGAGGGGGAACCAUGAAUAGCAGCCCCUCCCCUGUGCGUCAACAGGUUAGCGAAAAUGUAAAGUUAAUGAAUGAACAGGGAAGUGGUAACCAUUCCGAAAAUGACAAAAAGAAGAGUGAAGAAUCUAGUAACAUGGGCGGUAAUAACAUGUGCGGUAGUAACAUGUGCGGGAAGUGGACCGCCCAGGAAGUCUCCCUGCUUGCGAAGGCAUUGAAAUCCUACCCAGGGGGAACGAAAAACAGAUGGAACCUGAUUUCCAAUUUUAUAAAAACCAAAAGUGUGAAAGAAGUUAUAAAGAAGACGAAAGAAAUGUUCGAAAAUGAAACUUUAAAAAAUUUAAGCAGAAACUUUGAAGAAACUCCCUUUGAUAAUUUUAAAAAUCAAAAUAAAGGAGUGAUGAAAAAGAUCGACGAUAAUUUGGAUAAGAGGGAUGUAAAAGUGACGGCCGCGGAGAAAGAUGGCUUGACAGCUAAGUCGGCAGAUAACUUGAGCAACAAUGUGAGCACUAGUUUGAAUGGCCACGCGGAGGUGAAGCGGCCGUGGACACAUCAGGAGCAGCAUUUGUUGGAACAGGCGCUGAUGAAGCACCCUGCGUCUUUGCCGAAAAAGGAGAGGCUCCAGUUAGUGGCCUCUGAGAUUAAGACAAGGACGCUGGAGGAAGUUAUCCUCAGAAUGAAGACUCUCCGGGCACAGAUAUUAGCCAAGAAGGCGGCAAAGUAG